AUGUCUUACACAAACUUGAAGCGUAAAGACAUUGAGUUCAUAGUUGAGGAUAAUGUGUUCCUCAAGGUUUCCCCUUGGAAGAAAGUACUCCACUUUGGGCUCAAAGGAAAGUUGACCACUCCUUUUAUAGGACCUUAUGAGGUACUUGAUAGAGUCGGACGAGUGGCUUACAGGUUAGCCUUACCACCAGAGUUAGAGUGCAUCCACAAUGUGUUCCACAUAUCUAUGCUCAGAAAACACCGCUCUGAUCAUUCGAACGUUAUACCCUUAGAGUAUAUAGAGGUUAGUUCAGAUAUAAACUAUUCGAAGGAACCAGUCAGAAUCUUGGCAAUCGAAGUGAAAGAGUUAAGUAACAAGAGAAUUCCUUUGGUAAAGGUUCUAUGGAGGAACCAUGACGUCAAGGAGUUAACUUGGGAAUCAAAUGAGGACAUGUGGCUUUAG